UUCCCUUGUUACAGGUUCACGCCCGUGGGUGUCCUAAGUUUGAUCGCAUUUACUACAGCUUCUGUAAGAGACCUUGUCCAGAAUUUUCAGGCUUUGGGAAUAUUGGUUGGCCUGAUGGUUGUUGGUGUAUUACUGCAUCAGUUAAUUUUAAUGCCGACACUGUUUUUUGUGUUGACCCGACGAAACCCUUAUAGAUUUGCUGUACAGAUCGGUAAAGCUUGGAUGAUUGUCUUUGCAACAACAAGCCCUGCGAUGGCUAUUCCUGAGAUAUUGUCCGCGUGCGAAGAUCACCAGAAGGGUCAUUCAAACGGGAGCGUCAUGUUAAUUGCAGCCGCUUCCAUAUUUAUUGGCAAUGUUGUGGGAAUGGAUCUGAAUGCUGGUGACAUAAUUCUUAUAGGCAUUUUAGCCGAUAUUUGCAGCAUGGCGUUACCUAGCAUACCAAGUGCUAGUAUCGUAGCCAUAGUGAUGAUUCUGACAUCAAUGAACAUACCAGCCGGUUCUAUUUCUCUGCUGUUUGCGGUUGAGUGGUUUUUGGAUCGGAUCCGCUCGACCAGUAAUCUUGUAAGCCAUACACAUUGUGUAGUUGUAACGUAUCACUUCUGUAAGAAGUCACUGGAACAGUCCGACAUGUUACAAGAUAUAGAAAUUGGGGACGACAAGGCCCAACAGUCGGCAUUCUAGAUAUGUUUGCUACGUAUUAACAUAUUAGCUUGAUUUAUUGUUUGUGUAAAAACAAAAUUUAAAAUGGAUAGAAAAAAGAAUGCUAGCACUCGGGACAGUCAGCACUGUAUUCAUUCCAGAAGGAUUCUCAUUCAAGGAAACCGAGUCACCUAAGUACAACCGUCAUAUCCCUACUUGAUGACAUAUUUUUGUUUCAAA